UAUAGCGCGACUGACGUCAGAUAUAAAAGAUGAAAGACGGCACAGGAUUCGCUUGCAACGCUGUAGUCCGCAGUCGCGAGCCAAUGGCAAGAGAAUAGACAUUACCAAGCUUCGGCAGCCUCUUCUUCUCUCACUCGUCACUCGUCACAUGACCCGCACUCCUGCACGAUAAGCCAUAUUUGACAGUGGCACUAGUUUAGCGAAGUGAGUGCGUGAAGAUCGCUCUUCAUCCGACGUUCGCGUUUCGACAACCUGUAAAUACUCGUGAUCGAUUUGACCUACGAGUCUUGAACACAUCACAAUGUCCGACGAAGAUCAUCCUAUUUAUGCGCCCUUCUUUGGAGUAAUGGGCGCUGCCUCAGCCAUUAUAUUUUCUGCUUUAGGAGCAGCAUACGGCACAGCAAAGUCAGGUACAGGAAUUGCAGCUAUGUCUGUUAUGAGGCCAGAACUUAUCAUGAAAUCAAUUAUUCCUGUUGUUAUGGCUGGUAUCAUUGCCAUUUAUGGUCUUGUAGUAGCUGUUCUAAUUGCUGGUGGUCUAGAAGAACCUAAAGGAUAUACUUUAUUCAAGGGUUUUGUACAUCUGGGUGCUGGUUUAGCCGUAGGUUUUUCUGGUUUAGCUGCUGGAUUUGCUAUUGGUAUUGUUGGUGAUGCAGGUGUAAGAGGUACCGCACAACAACCUCGCCUGUUUGUCGGUAUGAUCUUGAUUCUAAUCUUCGCAGAAGUAUUGGGUCUCUAUGGUCUCAUCGUUGCCAUCUACUUGUACACCAAGUAAAACAAUUUUAGUAGCAGGAAUGCAAGACUCGUCGCCUGCAACCAACAACGUUCCCCGACUCUUAAAAUAUUACGACUUGUUUCGAGAUUUUACUUAAACACAUUUUUUCCAUGCAUACUCACAUUGAUUCAUCUAAGCAUCCUUCUGUAAUACUGUAUUCAAGUUGAUAUUAGAGUCCAAGCAUUUAAUAAGUACAUAUUCAUUACAUAAAUGACAUAAUUGUUGAUAAAUACUGCAAACAAGUAACAAGAGUGCUGAAAAUCUAAUUAAUUGAGUAAAUAUUUUGAAUUGAAAACAAAUAAUUCUCUCUCUCAGUCUUGCAUGAAGAGGAUGUAUGUACAGAAAAGCAACAGGCGACAGGGAGUUAUACUAAAGAAAGACCUUAAAUAUCCCAUGUCGAACAUUUCUCUUUCACUGUAUAGUAAUCAUUUGUAGUGUAGUUUGACAUUGAAUUAUCAAUUAAGAUAAUCGGCUCUACUGAGUGUAUAAAAGAAAAAAACUGUUAAUGAUAAAAGAAUAUUUAGCACAAUUAUAUAUAUUAAAUGAGAUUGAAGUGACAGUAUACAGAUUGCAAAUGAAUGUCUUUUAUGACAAAAAAAUAUGAAAUUGUAAUAUCUGAAUUAGAAAGUGAAAAGAAUACGCAAGAUUGCGCGUAAGAAACAGCAUAAUAUGUGAUGGUUGUACAAACUUUAUCUUAAACAGAAAAAGAACAUAGAUAUUGUACAAUCGAAACUAUAAGACACAAAGUAUAGUAUGUGGAAUGAAGUUUUUAGGGAGAAAAAUGAAAUGAAUGUGAGUAGAUAAUGGACAGAUACAUGAUAGUAUUAAGUCAAUUCAGAAGCUGCUGGACGUAUCAGGAAUUUGCACUUAUUAUAGGUAGCAAUGUAUGUAUGGUUUACAAAAUAAUUUUGGGUGACUGCAAAGGCCAGCGGUAAUUUCCCUCUUUCAGCUAAACAUGCUUAUUUCACAUUUCAUUAGAUAUAUAUAUAUGCAUAAAUAUAUAUGUUAAUGAAGUGACAAGUAUGUUGAUGCAACACAAAAAAAUAAUUCCAUACGUUCCAGCAGAUGUAUGACUACCUAAGAAAAGGAGUUACGAGAUAAUAAUGGUAAAAAAAAAUAAUUUGUACAUUCCAUAAUAAGUUUGUUCAGUACAGGCGAGCGGGCGCUUAUAAUGCCGCAACAAAUGUAAAUUUUUUGGGUAAAAAAAAAAAAAAAAAA